AAAACAACAAAACUUAAACCUUUUUUCUAUUAUUAUAUUUGAACUGAAACAAAACCUAACUUGACAGCAUUGCAAUGUUUCAGAAAAAUCUUUACUGUAAUGGGGCUGGGUAAGGCCUAGCCCAGCUUUGAGCUCACGUGGUUCUGCAAUUCGCUGUCUAGUUUUCCUUCCACCAAAGAUAAGAACUCGCAAUCUAGUUAAUGAGAAGCUUUCUUCCGUCAACUUUCACAAUUUAUUCAAAGAUCAUUCCUUCCUCUCUCUCUCUAAAUCAUGCCCAAAGAUUAGAUUUGUCUGCUUCCCGCUCCUAUCCUGCGAGUAAGUCUUGAUUUUCCAAAGUUCCAAUCCCAUUAAGAAUUUAAAGAUUAUUUCUUUAUUUCUUAAUCGAUUAUAUACCUUGAUUCCUUCUUGAAAAUUAGUGCCUCUUUUUUCUGGGAAAAGUGGAAGCUUUAAGGAUUCUGCUUGGGUUUAUUUGCAAUUCGUUACUCGUCUGAUUUUUGUUUGAAUUGUUUAUCUUUUUUAUUAUCGGAAGCUUUUUACUUUCAGCUAUGGUGUUACUGAUUUAAUUGAUUGAAGUAUGACUAAACUCAAAAAGUGAAUUGUUUCCAUCUGAAAAGAAAGCCCUACAAAAAUUCACCAGAAGAAACCCAAACGACCAGAAUGAAGAGAAAGAAAUGGUCCGAGCUUGAAGAGCAAACCCUUUUAACCAAAUACUCUGAUCUCUUAACAUCAGGCACUCUAUCUAAGCUCAAAACUAGAGAGAAAAAGUUCAGGCCAAUUGCAGACCAUGUCAACUCUGUACACCAUCUUCAAGAUCCGAUCAGCUUUCCAUUCAAGUGGUCCUGGCGUGAUGUGUCUAUCAAAGUGCAGAAUAUGAGGCACCAGUAUUUGGGUGUGAAGCAAAAGAUCAGAAUUUCCAAAGAUGAGUUUAAUUGGAAAGAUGGGGAGAACCAUUGGGAGAAUUUCUUGAAGUACAAAGAGGUUUUUGGGGAUGUGGAACUUGAAGUGAAGAGCAAGAAGUUAAGUGAUAGUUGUGGUAGUGAUUUGUUUAAGGAUUGCGGAGAUUUGGGUUUCGGGAUUGAUAGUGAGGAUUUAGAGGAAGAAGAAGAGGAAGAUGGUGAAGAGGAAGGAGAAAAUGGUGAUGAUGAUAAUGUUAAUGGUGGUGAAGAAGAGGGUGGAUUUGGGGGAGAAAAAGGAAAUGGAGAUAUGGGUAUUGCUCAAAAGGCAAAGGCGAAGAACGGUUUUGGAAGAAAUAGGAGAUUGGGAUUGCUUGGUGCUCAAGUGGUGGAUUUGAGGGAUGUGGUGAUGAGGAGGGAGGAGAAAAGAAGAGAAAGGGAGUUUAGCAGAGAAAAAUGCAUGCUAGAGAGAGAAGAAAAGAGGAGGGAAUUAGAGCUGAGGAGAGAAACAAGGCGAAACGAGAGAGAAGAGAGGAUGGAGAAUUGGGAAAUGGAGUUGGAAGAGAGGGAAUUAAUGUGGUCUAGAAGGGCAUUCGAGAGACAAACGAGGGUAGAGAGGGAAUUGGAGGAGGAGAGGAAAAAGAGGAGGAUAAUGGAGGAGAAGAGGGAGGAGGAAGAGAUGGAGUGGAGGGAGAGGAUGGUGGCAAUGCAGAUUGAGCAUGAGAAGGCAAUGAUGCAAAUACAUGCAGAUGCAUGCCAGAACCAAAUGCAGAUCCUUGGGGUCGUGGCUAGGCUAAUUUGCCAGUUUUUUGGGGUAAAUGAUGGACUGGGUGGUGGAUUGGGAGGUCUGACCCCUCAAGUUUUGCAGAAUUUGCAGCAUCCUGGAGGUUUAAGCGAUAAUGGAAAGCCGGACACCAAUUCGCCUUCUGAAUUCAUGUAGAAUGUAAUUCUAUCCCCUUUGAAUGUGAUAAAAUAUAUUUGUAGUAGUGAUAGUUGAAGUUAGAUAUGAUAUGAGGAGAUCUGUCUAUCGUUUGGAUGUACCACUUUUUACCUGGUAUGGUUUUUUCUUUUCUUGCACUCGACUUCAGAUGGUUGUCAUUGGAUAACCAUGGCGUUGACAAUAUUUAUCAUAUUUCGAACUCUAAUUCAAUAUUUAACUAGGCAUUUAUGUUUUUUUA